AUGCCGCGGCAUGCUCCGCCCCGGUGGGGCUGCUUCGCGAGCGUCCUGGCAGUGCUCCUUGCCGUGCCCCUGUGCACCGCCACGGCCGCCGAGGCGCAGCUGGAUGCCAUCGGUCUGUACAGCGAGCCCGGCCUGGGGAACGACACGGCGGCUGGUGCAGACCUUGCUGCGCGUCGGCAAACGCUCGCAACGGACGCGGCCGUGGGGGGGGCGUGCACGAGCCAUUGGACCGUGUCCAUGUUCCUCGGCAACGGCGACACAAGCCAGCCUAGCCAGGAAGGCACGGGGUCCAGUGUGCGCAUCGGCCCCGUGGCACACUACUCGAUCUUCGGCCCCGACGGCAAGCUGUACUGGAGCGAAACGACUCACACGCAUGUCGUUCGCAGGGCCUCACUGACCGGCACAACGGAGCGCGUCCUCGGGACUGUCAACUCCCCCGGGUUCGUCGACGGCGCGGCCCCGUCCCCGGCUCAGAUCGACGUCCCGACGGGCCUGGCCUUUGCUCGGGACGGGUCGCUGUAUGUUGCCGGAUUCUACAACCACGCGCUGAGGAAGAUGCCACCGGACCUGUCGUCCAUCACGACGGUGGUCGGCGCCACCAGCGGCGGCCCGCCGACGGGAACUCUUGCGACUGAAACUUCUCCGCUGAAUCCUCCGCUGAGCACCGACAACACGGGACGACUGAGACAUCCCGAGGGCAUCUGCGUCGAUCGGGACGACCGCGUGCUCAUCAUGGACAAAUCGUUACAUCGCGUCUUGCGCUACGACCCUGCGUUGAACACGCUCACGCAUGUGGCGGGGAUCACAACACUCAAACACCCAACUGAUGCGACUGGUCCCACGGAGUACGGCAAGGACGGGCCGUUCGGGACGUCGACCAUCACGUUUGCGUACGGCGUGGUCUGCGAUCACGUCACCGGUCUCGCGUACUUCUCGGAGUCUCUCGGGACGGGCAAUUAUUACAGCACCCGCAUCCGUGUGCUGUACCCGGACGGCUUCAUCAGGACCCUCGCGGGCACCCGAUCGCACCGGAAUCUCUAUCAUGCCGCGGAUGCGUUCGGUUCGACCGCGGAGUGGACCCACUCAUGGGCCCUGGGCAUGUACAAUGGCUUCCUCUAUGUGCCGAGCGACGUUGACCACCGGCUCCACAUGGUGAAGGCCCUCGGCUACGGACCGGGCGGUGGCACGCUGGCACUCGUCGCGGGGCAGUCGUUCGUUUCGGGCACCUCCGACGGCAACGCGGCCUCGGCAACGCUUCAGAACCCAGGCGGCCCUGCUGUCGACCCGGCGACGGGCGACGUGUACCUCACAAGCAUGGGGGGCUCCCACAUCCGCAAGCUCAGCCCCGGCUCGGGUGCCGAGGCCUGCGUCGACGGCCUGUUUCCGUCGCGAGCCCCAGGGUGCGCCGCAGCGGCCUCGGCGGUGGUGGACCAGGGCCUCGCCUAUCCCUGGACGUCCGGGCGCGCCAGCUGCAGGCUGCCCACGACCGGGUGCGGGAUGUACUGGCGCGUGUACAGGUACGCAGGAGCGCCGACGCUCGUGGACCCGGUGACGUUCCAGCGCACGAGCCCGCGGGACAACAUCGCCGAUCCUGCCGCGGUCCUUCUACCGUGGCUCCACAACACCGACGAGGCGCCGUAUCUGGCGGAGGACAAGUUCCGCAGCAACGUGGUUCCCAGCACGUCGUGGGCUCACCAUGCCAGCGCCUGCCACACCUCGCUGAGCACAGUCUCGCGCACGAACGCCGCGUUAGGGGCGGCCGUGAACUUCCACACCCUGCCGUUCCCGAGCGUCGACAACCACUUCUUCGUCGCACGCACGACAUUCGAGGUCCCGGCGGGCGGCGUUCCGGGUUCUUUGAAGAUCAUGCUGAACUGCGACGACCAGUGCACGCUCUACGUGAAUGGCGUCUACGCCGCGUCGAAAUGGCUGGCAGAUGCCGAGACGACGACGGCGAAGCUCACGCAGCGGCGCAUGGACAUGUGGGUCGACGUCGGCACCGACCAUGUGGGUGAGGAGGACACUCUGCUGGGCUACAACUGGGGGUGGAGCAACGGCGGCUUUCACCGCAGGAACGUGCCCCUCAAAGAGGGCACCAACACCAUCGACAUCGCACUGACCGAGUACGGCGGCGGCGAGCGCGUCCAGUACGCCUUCUACCCGAGCGCGGCGGCCACAGCGUUCCAGAACAGCAUCCGUCCCUGCAUGGGGCCCAUGGGCUCCCCUCUCGACACGGAACUUCUCGACGACCGGAAGCCCGUCAUCGUGUCCAGCGGGGGCGCCUUGUUCGUCGGAGAGCAGUACGACGACACCGUGGCGGCGGAUGCGGGCAAGGUCUCCAUCGUGGCUUUCAACGCAUCGACGGACGCGUGGGAGACCGUCGCGAUACUGACGUCGCAGAACACCGCUGCGGGAUCGCGCCUCGGAUCGUCCGUCGCUGCGGGGUCCGGGUGGGUGGCGGCGGGCGCGCCCGGCCACUUGAACGGCGACGGAGCAGUGUUCUUGUUCCGCACCACAGCAGGCAUCGCUGGGCCGUACGAGCAGAUGGACAUGCUGGUGCGCUCCGGCGGGACGACAGACACGGCUCUCGGCAGCGCGGUGGCGAUGGACGUGGCUGCGGAGACGCUCGUUUUCAGCUCGCCAACGCCAGGGGCAAUUUACUUCUACACGCGCGUCUCCCCGGCAAACGCGUUCAGCCUGGGCAGCCGCGUGGCCUCGGCCGUUCCCGGUGCCCUCGCUCCGUCUCCCGACUCUCUCGCGCUCGACGCGAAGUGGGGCAUGGUGGCCGCUGGAAACACCGUGUCUGCAGCCACUGACGAACGCGUGAUGCUGUUUCGUGUCACCAACUUCGCCGCCCCGCAGCAGUGGGCGCACUCGUUGACGAUGGUUCAGUCGACGCACUUCCCUUCGAAUCGGGCCUGCGCGCUCAACGUCAAGUUCAAUUACAAACAGGUCGUGCUUGGGUGCCGAGGCGUCACUGGCGCGCACAGUGGCAGCGUCCAUACGUACAGGCUGACCUCGAGCACGGCUUUGGAGGAGGCCGACCCGAAGAACGUAGGUGGCCCUCACUACUGGUCCCUCUACAAGGGCGGGACAGCGCUGUCAGACUACCAGAACCAGCUCUUCUCGACGGCUUUCCCGGCGGGGAUCACGGCUGACGAGUACGGUGCGUCCGUGGCCAUCGUUGACGACGGCGCGACGCUGUACGUCCUGUCACCCUCGGACGGGCUGCAGGUCUAUCAGAACGAGCAGAGGCUCAGUGCACUUACCAACACGUGGGAGUUGAAGACCAGCGUGCCCCCGACGGCCCUCGGGUUGGAGGAUGUGGACUUCUCGGCCAGGGCUCUGACGGUCGGCGAGGACGGCCUCAUCGGCGUGGCCACUGCUGAUGGCGUGCGUGCCUACCAGUUCGUCUGCAAGGAGGCACAGCGCGCGUGCACGGCAGCGGAGCGCCAAGCGUGCCCGGCCGGGACGGCGCGGUGCGUCAUGACGGACGCCGCCCCGCACUGCGUGCCCAACGAUGCGACCGCGACGUGCGCAGAUGCGCACGUGGUGGAGACCGUCGCGCAGAACGUCGGAGCUGGGUUCCUGGCCAUGCACGGAGGCAACAUGUACGUGUCCUCGAUGUCAGACGACCGCGUGUACAGGAUCACGAGCCUGCAGAGCGGCAAAGCGGAGACUUUCAUCAGGGACAUCCCAGACGCCGUCUCCAUCGCGGUUCAGGGCAACAUCGCGUACCUGGCAGCGUCUGCCGACCACACCAUCCGCAGUGCCGACCUGACUCAGGCUGGGCCGCUCGCGUUCUCGUCACUUCCGGUCGUCGUCGGUGCGUCGGCCACGUCGGGCACAGCAAUCGGCUCCGCGUCGGCCACUAGGCUGCUUUGGCCCACGGGCCUGGCGCUCGAGACGUCGGAUCGGCUGCUCAUCGCGGACAAGGACAACCACCGGAUCCUGCGGCUGACACUCUCGAGUUCGAAUGUCGAGCUGGUCGCUGGAGUGGCCGGGUUCAGGGGCAAUCACGACGGCCCGGUCGCAGAGGCGACGUUCAACGCACCGCUGGCACUGGCCUGGGAUGCCUCGAACAGCGCGAUCUUCGUCACCGACUUCAAGAACCACCGCAUCAGAAGGAUCGCCUCCGGGCAGGUGACGACUUUCGCCGGGAGCGGCCAGGGUCGCACGGACGGCUUCCGCACGUGCGCCACCUUCCAUUGGCCCUCGGACAUCAAGCUGGACAGCUCGGGCAACGUGUACGUGACGGACGGACAGAACGGCCUCCGCUACAUCGAUGCCGCCACUGGUAACGUGGCCACCAUUGCCGGCACGGGCUCUUCGGGCUACGUAGACGGGCCCGCGAGCGGCGCGCAAUUCACUGGCGCCUGGAAUGGACUGCUGCUCGAGGAGAGCUCUGGCGUCGACGUUGCCUUCAUCGGCCAGUGGUCGGACAGUGCGGGGCACGUGCGGCGCGUGGUCCCGUACACCGGGGCGGAUGCGCCGCGGGCGGACCACGUGGGAGGCCAUGCGGCUUGCGCCACACCUCCGGGCGGGGUCACCUCCUGUCCGCACUCGCGGCAGGCGUGCAGCGACAUUGGCAGCUGCCCAAACUCGCAGCAGUGCCGCGACCACGAGCUCGGACACGCCUGCGGGGACCCUGUGGAGCCGCUGACGUGCGCGGCGAACUACACGGUGUCGCUCGUGGCCGGAAACGUAGACGGAAUGACCCAAACGGACUUGCUGUUCCAGGCCAGGAGCGGAGCCGGCAAGGGCGCGUGGCUCUCCGGGCCCGUGGGCAUCCAUGCGCUGCGCAGUGGCGGCGUCGCCUUCGUAACGCAGUGCAACGGCGGGAGGGUGUCGCGGCUCAGUGGCGCGGGGCUGGCGACUGUGGAGGAUUACGUUGUCGAAUCAGAUCUCGCGUACAUGAACUGCCCCUACAGCGUCGCCGUGGUGGCAAAUGACCUGUACGUGGGUAGUUACUAUCCGAACAACUAUGUCGAGCUGAGCUACACCUUUUCGCGGUACUCUUUCACGGACAUCAACGACCCCUCUACAUUCAGCAGCAAGGCGAUCAUCGGAAGCGGCAGUGGUACGACGGGUCUGAACGCAGUGCACACCAGCGUCAAGUUCGAGCACGUGCUCGGCAUGGACUCGGACGCGUCUGGGCGGGUGCUCUUCGUGGAGGCGGUUGGCCGCAGGGUGCGGAUUUACAACCCGUCAUCGGGUGCGGUCUCGACGCUCGCCGGAACAGGACUGAAGGGCAUUCGAGACGGUCCGGGAACGGAAGCGUCGUUCGGCUCGCUGUGGGACAUUGCUCACGACCACGUGACGCAGCUCACCUUUGUGGGCGACUGGGAUGCACGCGGCGUGCGACAGAUCGCCCCCGACGGGUUCGUGAAGACCAUCGCGGGUGCGUCCGGGAACGAAGGGGCUCAAGGAGGGUUCGGAUCGUGCGCCAGCGUGGGGACUGUGUAUGGCAUCACGGCACACAACGGCGAGAUCUUCUUCUCGACGUUCGGCUCGGGCGAGCACAGGAUCAUGCGCACCACCGCUGGUGGCAGCGUCGAGAUCGCCGCUGGCGGGCUGCGGUCAGCGUUCCCCUUGCAAACGGCGGUGAACAAACCCGGCCCGAUGUCCGGACCGGCAGACAUUGUCACGUUAAAGGCGAUUCAUUACCUGGCCCUUGAGCCCACCAGCGGAAAAGUGCUGCUCGUGGAGAGGGGGUCGGACACCGUGCUUUCUUUGGAGCGCACUGGACCGGCCUGUCCCGCGCACAUCCGCCCAGCCUCGACAGGGUCGCUGUGCGGCCGGGAGCACAAUCGCAUCGACUGCUCUGGGUCGUCUUGCCCGGCGGGAACGACGUGCGUCGAGGCCGACGCGGGCCACUACUGCCGGCCCACCGACCUGAGCACCGCCUCCUGCGAGGAGGUGUGGAGCGUCAACACGCAGGCUGGGACAGGCCUUGCGUGGGGCUCGGACGGGGGCACCGGGACCGCAUCCAGCCUAAACGCACCCAAGGGCAUCGCGGUCCGGUCGAACGCGGCCGUGUACUUCACAGAGGGCUUCAAGGUCCGCAAAUUCGACACGACCUCCCAGGGCCUCACGACGCUCACGACUUACGCCGGGUCGACGCAGGGCUACGUUGACCACGCGGACCCGCUCCAGGCCCAGUUCGACGACCCGCGCGCCAUGGCCGUGGCCCCGGACGGGACGCUGUACGUGGCGGAGUACAGCCAGAGCAAGAUUCGGACCAUCUCCACCAGCGGCGCGGUGACCACGGGCCCGUUCUCUGCGGGGUUCGGCAGCGGCCAGAGCGACCCGAAGCAGCUCGCACGUCCAAGCGACAUCGCCAUAGUCCCGGGCACGAGCGACUUGGUGGUGUGCGAGCAGGUGGGUAACAAGGUCGUCCGGUACAUGGCGGCGACGGACACGGUUCUCGUCCUGGCCGGUAACGGCGAGAUCGGGUUUCGUGACGGCCCGGGAAGCGUGGCCAUGUUCAACAGUCCGGUCAGCGUGGCGGCCGACUCUGCUGGAAACGUCUACGUGGCAGACCAGGGCAACUAUCGCGUGCGCCUCAUCGACCCCAACGGCGUGGUCUCGACGCUCAUUGGGUCGGGUUCCUAUAGCGGCGGCUUCAAGAUCGGAACGGGGAGUUGUGCGCAGAUCAAGCCUGCGUCUCUUUCGGCGAGUGUCAGCGGAGCGGACGUCUACGUCACGGACGCUACGGCGGGCAGGGUCAUGCAGAUUCGCGACAACCAGCUAGUGCCGGUCGCCGGGUCGGACGAUCCCGGUGACCUCGACGGGGUCGGCUUGCUGGCGCGGGUUCGAGAGGGAGCCAUCCUGGCGCCGGGCCUCAACGACAUGACGAUGCUCGUGCUCGAGCCCGGGACCGUGGGUUCGUCGAUCAAGUACCUGCAGCGCGGUGCCACCCCCUGCUCCGCGCCUCCCCAGGCCAACGCGAGCUGCGUCGUGCCGCCGUGGACGCCAGAGCCCUCCCCCCACCUGGUUGAGCCCUGCGAUGACCCUGGGCGAUGUGCGGGGGGGCUCACGUGCCUCAACGUACCGGCGGCGGCGGGCGGCCACGUGUGCGCGAACGUCACACAUCCUUGCGCAGCUGCAUGGGCUUCGUCGAAGAUCGUGCCCACGGCAGACUUGGCCGCGCAGGCCCUCUUGCUCGGACCGGCGUCCGAGACCGCGGCGUUGGUUGUGGACCCCUCGGACGCUACCAAAAACAUCAAUAUUUUCACGGGCGUCACUGCGUGGAUCGAGGGCCAGUCAUCUACGUCAGCGGCGUUCGACGGUGAUGCGGGAACCGCAUGGACGGACAUCGGAGCGGCGUCGGCGAAACUCAUCUACGACAUGCCGGCGGGAGUUGUGGUCACAUCGUACAAGGUCGCCACUGCGGCAAUCGGUGAGAACCAGGACUGGACCCUGGAGGGCACUAACGACGAGGUCAUCUGGAUGCUGCUGUCGUCGUCCACCGGAAACGCUCCAGGUGGAACGUACCAGGUCAACGUCGCGCCGGUGCAACAGAGGGUGUUCAAGCGGUUUCAGCUGACCCUGGUGUCUGGCUCCGCGAACGUGGGCGUUUCUGAGUUCACGUUGACGACCAGGCGCUUCGCUUCCGGCGGCAUCGCGGACGUGCCCCCACUGUUAUCGCAGCCGCGUGAUGUGGCGCACGUUUCGGGUGAUACGCUGGUUGCGGAUGGUGCGGGGCACCAGGUGCGGAUGCUCAAGCCGACCGGGCAGCACAUUCAGUCGGACCCUGUUGCAGGCAUACCGACUGCGGCAGCCGCAUUGGCGACGGGCGACGUGCGGUCUGUGGCGCGGUUGCACACACCUGCGGCCGCCGUGCAGGAUGCUUCCGGUUCGAUCUUCAUCGCGGACGCGGGGGCCAACGUCGUCGUCAAGGUGACCGGCACGAGCAUGACGGUGGUGGUUGGCGCACUGAACGGGGCCGCGGGCACGGCCGUCGGCGCGCCGACCGACGCGACCACGGGCCGUCUGAACGCCCCCGAAGGCCUUGCACUCGACCGCGACGGCACGGGCCUGCUCAUCGCCGACACGGGGAACCACCGCAUCCUCCACUUCACGGGGUCGACGCUGGUGGUCCUGGCCGGCGCGGCGGGCAGUCCGGGGCUGCUGGACGCCGUCGGUGUCGCCGCACGCUUAAAUGCACCGACGGGCGUGGCGUUUGAUCCGUCUUCGAACCGCACGUACGUGGCGGACAAGGGCAACAACGCCGUGCGCGUGCUGAAUGGGACGCACUUGUGGACGUUCGCGGGGUCCGUCCAGGGCGCAGCCGGGUACGCAGACGGCUUCCGCAGGUGCGCGCGCUUCGACGGCCCGCACGGGAUCAUCCUCGCGGACGGCGCGCUGAUCGUGACCGAGGAGCGCGGCCGGCGCGUUAGGCGGGUCAACCUGGGCGGCACCGUGUCGACCAUCGCGACCUCCGGGCAGCUGGGUCUCGUGGAGCCACCUGCGAACGCGACGCUGAAUCCCGUGUACUCGGGUCCCAUGGGGCUGGACAGCGCGGGGAACGGGGACCUGUUGGUUGCCGUGGGGUCGUUGCCCGAGGUCGUUCGCCUGACACUGGGAAGCUCGGCACCGGGCAACUGUACAAUGGAGGCGCCGAAGUGGAACUGUUCCGUGGGAUGGGAGAACGAAUGCGUCGAGGGCUCGGACGGUUGCGGCGCCAACACCGUGUGCUCAGACCAGCCAGAGACGCGCUCGUACAAGUGCAGCUGUCCGAGUGGCUACACCGUCGAUGGCACGCCGUCGGGGGCAACGGACGACGUCGGGCCCUUCGUGCCAUGCAACGACGUUGACGAGUGCACGCACAGCACGCACACGUGCGCCGAGACGCAGCGGUGCACGAAUGUUGCGGGGAGCUACUACUGCACGACGUACUGCGACGCAAUCGCGGGAGUGCCGAGCUCGUUCUGCAUCAGUGGGAUCUAG